CUCUAAAUCAAUUUCCAAUGGAGAAAAAGCCAUCACCACUGCUUCAGAUUCAACCUCCCACCUUUGGUAACCAAAUUACUAUCCUUAGCAUUGAUGGAGGAGGAAUUAGAGGGAUUAUUCCGGCCACCAUUCUUGAGUUCCUUGAGUCCAAGCUUCAGGAAUUGGAUGGUGAAGAGGUAAGACUUGCAGACUACUUUGAUGUGAUUGCAGGGACGAGUACAGGUGGACUUGUGACAGCCAUGUUAACAGCUCCAGAUGGUAACAAUCGUCCUUUGUUUGCUGCCAAAGAUAUCAAACCCUUUUACCUUGAGAACUGCCCCAAGAUUUUCCCACAACAAAGUGGCCCGUUUAGUUGUAUUGCAAAGCUAUUCAAAACAGUUACUGGACCCAAAUAUGACGGACAGUAUCUUCAUAAGCUCAUAAAGGAGAAGCUGGGAAGAAAGAGGUUGAACCAAACACUAACCUCUGUUGCCAUUCCCACCUUUGAUAUCAAGCAACUCCAGCCCAUCAUCUUCUCCAGCUAUGAGGUUAGCCGUGAUCCAACAAUGAAUGCUCAACUUUCAGACAUAUGUAUUGGCACCUCUGCAGCCCCAACAUACCUUCCAACCUAUUACUUCAAAAAUGAAGAUAAAGAAGGGAAUCUAAGAGAAUUCCACCUCACUGAUGGUGGUGUAGCAGCUAAUAAUCCGACCCUGGUAGCAAUUGGGGAAGUCACCAAACAGGUCUUCAAGAAAAAUCAAGAUUUUCCUAUCACACCCAUGGACUAUGGUCGAUAUCUAGUCAUCUCAAUAGGAACCGGAGCAGCUAAGAUAGCACAAAAAUACACUGCUAGUAAAGCAGCCAAAUGGGGAGCCAUUAAUUGGAUAAUUGAUGAAGGUUCUACUCCAAUAGUGGAUGUGUUUAGCCAAGCAAGUGCAGACAUGGUUGAUCUUCAUCUUGGUGUCAUCUUUCAAGCUUUGCAUUCUGAAGAUAAUUACCUAAGAAUUCAGGAUGAUACGUUAACUGGUACUGUAUCUUCAGUUGAUAUUGCUACCAAAGAAAACUUGAACAAUCUUGUCAAGGUCGGUGAAGAGUUACUGAAGAAACCACUUUCAAGGGUAAACCCAGAGACUGGCCUCACUGAACCUGUUAAAACUGGUGUCACCAAUGCUGAUGCUCUUAAGAAGUUUGCAGAAUUACUUUCAAAGGAAAGGAAACUUCGUGAGCAAAAUCACCCCACAUGAAAAUUUUUAAUUAAUGUGAAGCAAUUU